UUGUUAUUCUGUGUAUUAUCUACAGCUGCAUUUUAGCUGUUAUAGGUCGUUCAGUGUUGUAUAUUUGUGUUCGUUGUUGCGUAAAAGUAGCAUUUAACCAUUAUAUUGUCGUAUUGCCUAUUCUCUGAGUCAUACUCUCUAAAAGAACCGAUUCGCCCGACAUUAAUAUCGUGUCAGGACUUUACAUGUAUUGUGAAGUUACUGCAGUCCUCAAGUCGUAACAGUUUCACAGAACAUUCACAUAAAAGCUAAGGAGUUUAUGAUGUACUGUACUCACGUGUUAUGGUAUAUAAAUAAACCAAGAUAUGCCAUCAAAAGUAAUAGCCUGCCGAAUUAAUUUCCCAGAACAAGACGCGCGCGAGAAUGAAAAGACUGAGGGAGGUGCGUGCGCGAGAUGCUCUAUAAAUGGCGGCCACGAACCUCAGGUGCAAAACCGAAGUUUUCGCAGCUCUCUUUGUAUUGUUUUUCGAGGGGAAAAAAACCCUCGCGAUCUCAAAUGUCACGUCCAGUUUUUCCUGCACUUUGACGGUAAUUCCGGUGAGGACAUGAAACGCGUGACGGACAUUGCUCUCGUUCUGGUCUGCGCCUGUAUCGUGCAACAGUUCGCGCAGGUCAGCAGCCUGAGAGACAGAGGGAGGAGAGCGCAGACAGAUGGGAAGGGGAAGAGAAGAGGUCAGCGCAAUCAAAGCGGCCUGAAAGGGAGAUUCUCGCCGGAGGAUGGAGCGCGGUGCUCGUGGCGCGCGGCGCGAGGGGACGAUGCGUUUGUUUUGGGAGUCACGUGUAAAAACGGGGAGAAGACUUUCGGCUGCGAAUACGUAGCGAAGCCCACGGCGUGUCGACAGUACGCAUCCAACACCAGAGCGUACUGGAAACAGAUCUCCCGCUCUCUGAAAAAGCAGAAGAGAUUGUGUCGCGACUCUACGGCGAUGGUCAAAGCCGGUAUGUGCCGGAGCGCGCCCGCGGAAGCGCACUUCAGACUCGUGGACACGCGUCCCUCCUCCAGAGCCCCGUUACCGACCACCGCGGGGAACGAUCACUGUCCUGACCGGAUCGAGAGGCUGAGAGUGGCCGAAGAAUACUGCAGCAGCGCCUGGUCUUCACUUUGUACAUUCCUCUUAUUGAUGCUUGAGAAUGAUGAAUGCCUGUGAAGGACUUACCAGCAGCGCUUUAAAGUAACUCUACAUAAAUACGGCCAUCGUCAAAAAAAUAAUGCAUUUAAUCCAGAAGCUGGAUUUUCAUACCAAAAUAUGAAGCAGUGUAGGCACAUUCACAUUUUGUUUUGCAUAAUAUGAAAGCAGUUUGGUAAGAAAAAAUAGAAUAAAAUAAGUGUUUUUUUCUGAAACUGCGCACAUGAAAAUAAAACAUCACAUGUGGGGAGAUGGGCUUCACAAAAAAACGAUGUCCGAAGAAACGUAUCAAACAAUGUAUAAAAAGUGUAAAUGUUUAUUUGAAAUGUCAAAAUUGAAUAAAGUCCCCACUAUGGAAGAAAAAAACUAAA